CUGUGGUCUCGUGAUCUCUCGCGAUAUUUCACACUUCUCGCAUCUCCGUGGUCUGCUAAUCUGUUAACGGGGCAGUUGCAGAGUCCAGCUGGGGGUUUGGAGUGGACAGCUAGAAGCAGUAAACAAGGUUGUUGUAAACCCUGAAUACCAGUCAUGUCAGAUUUGAGUGGGAAGGUCCAGACCGUCCUGGGUCUGGUGGAUCCGGACCAGUUGGGCCGCACCAUGACCCAUGAGCACCUGACCAUGAGCUUUGAGUGCUGUUACUUCCCUCCUCCCACUGGCGACGAGGCGGUGGCGGAGAACCCGUUCCAGAUGCAGCACAUGCACUGGCUGAGGCAGAACCAAUACAGCUGCCACGAGAACCUGCUGCUGCAUCAGGAGCUCGCUGCCGUGCGGGACGAGCUGCUGGCCUACAAGAAGGCCGGCGGGGGCACCAUAGUGGAGAACACCACCACGGGAAUCGAACGGGACCUGCCCGCCAUCAAGCAGCUGGCCAAAGACACCGGGGUCCACGUCAUCGCAGGAGCGGGGUACUAUGUGGACUGCACCCACACUGACGCCACCAAGAGGAUGAGUGUGGAGAAGCUCACAGACAUCAUCGUCAGCGAGGUGCUUCACGGCGCAGACGGCACAAACAUCCGCUGCGGCGUGAUCGGAGAGAUCGGAACCGGCUGGCCCAUCUCGGAGAGCGAGACGAAGGUGCUGAGGGCCACAGCCCACGCUCAGACCCAGCUCGGCUGCCCCGUCAUCAUCCAUCCCGGCAGGAAUGCCGCCGCUCCGGCUGAAGUCGUCCGGAUUCUCCAGGAGGCCGGUGGUGACAUCAGCAAAACUGUCAUGUCACACCUGGACAGGACUAUAUUUGAUGAUGGUGAGCUGCUUGAGUUUGCGAAGCUGGGGAGUUACCUGGAGUACGAUCUGUUUGGAGUGGAGAUGCUGGACUACCCGUAUAACCUGGACGUGGACAUGCCCAGUGACAGCCAGAGAGUGACGACCUUGGCGUUCCUAGCGAAGGAGGGCUACGGCGACAAGAUAGUGAUCGCACACGACAUCCACACCAAGAACCGUCUCACCAAGUACGGCGGCCACGGCUACUCUCACAUCCUGAACAACAUUGUGCCGAAGAUGCUGAGGAGGGGCUUCUCGCAGCACCAGGUGGACAAGAUCCUCAUCGACAACCCCAAACGCUGGCUGACCUUCAAAUAAAAGCAAAAAAAAAGAGAACCAAGGAAGGGGCUUCGAUGUAGCGAUUAUUUUUAUCUUGAGAUGAGUGAACGCCCCGCAAUAAAUACUUUGAGAUCUUUGCAAUAAUUACAGUCCAAACUUAUUUGUAAAUGUACUUUUGGACGCUCAAACCAAUGACAUUACAGUGUUUGUGCAUCUUUAAUGACAAUUUUUCUCUUUGUCUUUCCAAAUGUAAAAUAAUUACAGGCUGUUUUGAAAGAGUUUUUUACAGCCGCCCUCAUUAAUUAAAACUUGAUGUUAUAUUUGUGAUUAUACAUUAUUCACUUUGUAAUCAAAUCAUAUGAAAGAAGCCUCGCAGGAUCAAAGUGCCUCUCAUUAGCAGCCUUGUUUUGGCCCCACUUAUGUCACAAACAACCCGCUUACAGAAAUGCAAUCUAAACCAAAUAUUAUUAUCUACAGUGGUGCUCACAAAUACUGUGCUAAUUGAUUUUUCAAUGUCAAUGUUGUUGCUUUUUUUGUAUUUGUAAAGUGACAUCUCUGCAAACAGGUUUUUACGGGAUGGGGAAAUAAUGAGCGUGGUAGUAAUCAGUAUGCCGCUCUGCUCUCGACACAAUGCGGCUGUGUUAGAUGAGUUGUCCUGUUGCCCCUCAGUGGGUGUCUGGGUGUCUAUGGGAGGCUGACGGGAUGAAGGACACGUUCUCCUCUCAUCUGGGAACAGGUGGCCUCACAGGGUGACUUCGCCACAUGAUCAAUGGCGCGAUCACCGCGUGAAAAACUAUAGAACUUUGAUUAAUCUUCCGAGAGGGUUUAAACAAAGAGGAUUUAAUCUUACAUGAUAUGUUACACAUGAGCUGACAGUCUUAACUGGAAUGGCUUUCACAAUCAGAAGUGCGGAUCGAUGGAGGAAACAUUUCUGUCAGUGCGACUGUCCAGUUCUGUGAUGGUGACUAACCGCCAGACCACCCUGUUUGCCCUGACCAGCUGUCAUUGAGACAAGAAAAAACAAUGAUAAUGUCGUGACAACGCUUCAAUAUGAACAUCAGAAUGGGCCCUUUACACAAGUGUUUCUAUGCUGCACACAAUUGAAAUGUAAUUUCUUUUUACAAUCAUGCAUCACUUUUAACAUUUUCACUCAAAAUGCACAAAUAUU